UUUUAACCCUUUACCAUACCCAACCUUCCAUUGUGAAUUGAUAAGGAGAUCCUGAAAGAGCAUCCCGUCAUGAGUGGAGGGACUCCUCAUAUUCCAGCUGGCGUUAAAGUAACUCCUCAGGUGAUGUGUGGUCCCGUUCAGCCAGCAAACAGGACGGCACUGGAUUGGAGCUGGCUUGGACCUGUUGCUUUUGGUUGCAGUAAGUAUGUUGUUGUCGUUGAUCCUCGAACAUCGCAAAACCUGCAGACGCUUGACGGACACAGCACAAACAUCAUAAAAGUUCGUUGGUCAAGACAGCUCCAUCAUUGCACACUGGCCUCUCCAUAUAUUCUUAGGCUGGCAUCAGUGGAUGCUAAUGGACAGUGUAUAGUUUGGGAUGUUGGACAAGCAACUCACAUCUCAAACUUUUCAAUUGGAAACAAACCACUGGUUGAUAUACAGUGGCUUACCACUAACGACACUUGUAGGGAUUUAUUGUUAAUAUUCACGUCUCCUGGUACAAUGUGUAUCUGGAAUGCUGACACUGGGACCAGAAUAAGCAGGACUACUUUUGCUGAGAAUAUUCUAUCAUUUAGUUUCAACCAUUUCUCACCCGACCAGCUAGUCUUGCUGUCUGCUGAUUAUUUCAUAUUCAUAAAUGAUUUCAACCCACCAAAGAACACCUCAGGGACUAGUAAGAAGAUGUACAUGAACGUACCACACCACCAGUCCAUAGGAGGGGGAGGGAGAGGGUGGAGUAGGGACGCACCACGUAGACUACUAUCAGAUGAAAGUUUAAAUAAUGAUGAUAGUCUUAGUUUGUCCGAUUGUCUCCAAGUUUCCUUUUCUCCAAUUUGUCGCUCGCAUUUAUUUUUACUCUACUCUCGUGAAGUCCUCAUCAUUGAUACGGACAUAAUGCAAGCCAUUGGGUCCAUUUACCUUGAGAGAGUCACUGCCCCUUUCCUUCAACUCUUCCCAUGCCAACAGAGGGACGCCCUCUACUGCCUCCAUGAGAAUGGGAGUAUUAGUUUCCGGGUCCGUCAACCUGUAGAGUUUCCCCGCACACAUACGCUAACAAUGGCCGACUUUAGAGAGCUUAUUGAUGUCACUUAUGAUCUGUACUAUUUGACAGAGCCGCAGCGAAUUAGUAAAAAUAUAAAGCCACUUGCCUUCUCUGUCUGCCCUACUACCGAGCUACAGCUGAGUGUCCUUACUUCAGAGGGUAAACUUCUUUUCUGGGACGUUGGGUUUGAGUGUAUGGGUCUGUAUGAUGGGAGAAGAGGGGAAGAGGGAGGUUCCCCUCUAUCACUCAUCAGUGCAUUGCCUGUCACUAAUGGAGGGGACAGACCGAUUGGAUCAUCUUGUGAAGGAUUGACUCUAUCACAGUCUAUAGCCCCACACUGGUUUAACCCAUCUGAUGGUACUAAUAUUUAUACACUAGUAUCUCCAUACAUGACUCUUACUAAUAUUUAUUACGGGCUGGCCUCUGCUCCCACUGUACUUAAGAUGUGUCCGCCUCUCACGACCAAAAAUUGGCAUUUUUAUAAACCCCUGGUUGCCGUCGGCAACGGUACGGGCGGAGUCCAGAUUGUUAAUUUGUCCACUCGGCAGUUGUACAGAGAAAUCACUGUACAUACGUGUGCUGUGAGAGGUAUAGAGUGGUUGAAUCACAAUACACUAAUUACAUUUGCCUAUCCUCCUCCUAACUCAAAUGGCCUCGUUCGUAAUGAGCUAGCCGCUGUUAGUUUAGACACUGGACAUGUUAAUCAAUUGAAGAAAGGAGAAAAUAACUAUGUACAGCCAAUAACUGGUGUCAGGAUAUCAACGCACAAGAAUUAUUUUGUCGUUAAUAUUAAGGACACGCCCCCAGAGUUUUAUAAUGCUAAAACUCUCUCCUUUAUGAGGUCUUUGGAAUCAAAACCAGCUUCAUUUGUAGCUGUGGAAUGGGCUAAUGUCAGUGCUUUUUCAUCCUUUGUUCCUAAGCCACACCCCCACAAUCAGCGAGUAUCGUCACCAGCUCAUAAAACAGAAACUGAAUUAGAAUCAAUUCAGACAAUAAAACAAUCACAACUACCAGAGAAAGAGAUCCUCUCAUUGAUAGAUGCUAAUUCAAACAUUCAUCACAUCACUGUUGACAGAGCUGGCUUUCAACUCGGACCCCAAUCAUCACAAAACUUUGCAUUACGCUCCCCCACUGCUAUGUCUUGGAAAGGAGACACUUUAGUUUCUGGUGACUCCGAAGGUACUUUAAUUCUAUGGGAUAUCAACGCCUCGUCACUAAAAUAUUUGGAGACUCCAAAGUCGCAGAUUAAAAAGAUGAAGUUUGGGCCUGGCAAGGGAAACAAGAGGUUAUUGGUACUUUACAACAAUCGACUUGACAUCAGAGAAAUCAACAUGAAAGAAGAUGAUAUCACAGGGCAGUACAAAUGGUCUAAAGGUGACCUCUCAGUUGAAGAUCUUGACUGGUGCUCCUCGGAUAAACUGAUAUGCCUCAUGAGUGACGGCACUAUCAGAGUCACUGACGUCAAGUUUAUCUAUUCCUCUACCGCUUAUAACCCGUCAGACUACCAUGAGACAGUUUUCAAUCCGUCCAUUGUACUCCCUCAGUCAAUGUUUAGAUUCAAGUGUCUACUCCAGCACCAAUCAUGGAAUAUUGAAUACACACUGGACCAGUUUGAUUUUUCCGAUAGUUCAAGUGAUCCGAUUGAAAAGGGAGUGGCCACACUACUAAAAACACUACCAAAUCGGUUCAGAGAUUCUUUACUCAAUGCUAAACUAGGGACUCCUCAACGCUCAUUAGUAGCAGCAAUAUUACUGGGUGAUGAAUUUGAGAUGCAGUUUUGGACGACCGCUCUGUACCACAUGAUAAAGGAAAAGAGCCGAUUACAAGACCCACAAUAUAAAAAAUACCAUUAUUCGUCAGCCCCUGAUACUAACGAUGAUUCUGAUUUAUUUCAACCUGAUUCUAAUGCAUCCACUGAUAUUGAAUCAGCUCUUAGGAACUCGUUAGAAGACCUUUUGGAAGAUGAUGGGCGGAGUUCAUCCGAUACGUUAAUUCAAGAAUCAAAUCAAAGAACGUGGCAGUUGACUCCGCCGCUUGAUCUUAAUUACGAUUUAUUCAUGGACCAAGAUAUUUAUAAAUAUUAUCAGUUGCACAGAGUUCUUUGUCAUGAUGGUAGACGACAUACUUUAAGCCAGACUAGACACUGUGCAGAAACACUUCUCUUCUUAAAACAAACCGAUCGUGCUGUACAGUUGCUACUGGAAACUGAUACUUCAUCCUCUGAUUAUUACACUGACGCGCUAAAAGCAUGUCUUGCCGCUACGAUAAGAUCAUCGGGUGCUUCUCAAAGUACGAUAAAACUGGUAGCAACUAACCUCAUUGCCAACAACAAGCUAUCAGAGGGUGCUCAGCUGCUGGCACUAAUUGAUAAAGGUUUAGACGCCUGUCGGUACAUGCAGACCUACGGCCAAUGGUACAUGUCAGUCUGGCUGGCAAAGAGCACGCUCAACGAGAGAGAAGCCAAAGAAGUGAUUAUGAGAUGGGGAGAGCACCUAGCAUCAUCUUCUGUUAAUCAAAAAAAAAAGGCUCUUCUUGUCUAUUUGUCGCUCGGUCAAUUUGUUAAAGUUACCGAAAUGUUGUACAGUAUGAGAUACUUUAAUUUAGCAGCUGUUUUUGCCGAAUCAUGUUUAGAAUACAGACUGAUGAGAAGAAAUAAAGAAACUAGUUCGCUUAUCGAGGCAGUGUUUUUAGAAUAUGCACGAUAUGCUGAUAGUCUUGGCAUGAAACGCUCAAUGAGGUAUUAUUGUAAUUUGGCUGGGGAGAAUGGACGAUUACUACUGGAGGAACACCUCUCACCGUCUCAAGGGAAAACACCAAAUUCACCUUAAGACGGACACUCUUACUAUCGUUAUUAAUUUUAGCAACUAAUAAAUUGAUUGCUGAUUUUUCUAUAUUUAAAUGUUUCUACUAUUAGUAACAUGCGUUUUAAAUAAUGAUAAAUUUAAUAAUAAUUAUUAUUAUAUAAUGAAGAGAAACAAGUUAAAAUUAUCCAUUGAAA